CCAGUCUGGGUUCUAAGAGUGAAGCGCGGACCUUUCAACAAGAGCUUUAUUAAUUUUCACGCUGGUACCCUGGAGAGCCAUGGAAGUGGCUGCUAAUUGCUCCCUCCGAGUGAAGAGACCGCUGUUGGAUCCCCGGUUCGAGGGUUAUAAGCUCUCCUUGGAGCCGCUGCCCUGUUACCAGCUGGAGCUUGACGCAGCUGUGGCAGAAGUAAAACUUCGAGAUGAUCAAUAUACACUGGAACACAUGCAUGCUUUUGGCAUGUAUAAUUAUCUACACUGUGAUUCAUGGUUUCAAGAUAGUGUCUACUACAUUGAUAACCUUGGAAGAAUUAUGAACUUAACAGUAAUGCUGGUACAGGAGAUGCCUAACAUUCCUAUUUCAAGAAGUAACAAAUAUGAAAUUAUUAAGCGUGAUAUUCUCCGUGGCAAGUCAGUACCACAUUAUGCUGCUAUUGAGUCAGAUGGGAAUGGUCUGAUGGUUGUCUCCUACAAGUCCUUCACGUUUGUUCAAGUUGAUCAAGAUCUGGAAGAAAAUAAGGAUGAAAUCAUGUCAGAGAAAAUCAAAGAACCUUUGUAUUAUUGGCAACAGACUGAAGAUGAUUUGACAGUAACCAUACGACUUCCACAAGACAGUAACAAGGAGGAUGUUCAAGUACAGUUUUUGCCUGAUCGUAUCAAUAUUGUGGUGAAGGGCCAGAGGCUUUUGGAAGGAAAUCUCUAUUCAUCUAUUGAUCAUGAAAGCAGUACAUGGACAAUGAAAGAUAAUAGCUUGGAGAUUUCUUUGAUUAAGAAGAGUGAAGGGCUAACAUGGCCAGAGCUAAUAGUUGGUGAUAAACAAGGGGAACUUAUAAGAGACUCAGCACAAUGUGCUGCGAUAGCUGAGCGUUUGAUGCAUUUGACUUCUGAAGAACUGAAUCCAAAUCCAGAUAAAGAAAAACCUCCUUGUAAUGCCCAAGAGUUAGAAGAAUGUGAUAUUUUCUUUGAGGAGAGCUCCAGCUUAUGCAGAUUUGAUGGUAUUACAUUAAAAACUACUCAUGUGGUGAAUCUUGGAAGCAACCAGUACCUCUUCUCUGUCAUAGUGGAUCCUAAAGAAAUGCCCUGCUUCUGUCUGCGCCAUGAUGUCGAUGCCCUGCUGUGGCAGCCACACUCCAGCAAACAGGGUGACAUGUGGGAGCACAUUGCAACUUUUAAUGCUUUAGGUUACGUCCAAGCAUCUAAGAGAGACAAAAAAUUUUUUGCCUGUGCCCCAAAUUACUCUUACGCUGCCCUUUGUGAGUGCCUCCGUCGGGUAUUCAUCUACCGUCAGCCCACCCCCAUGUCCACUGUACUUUACAACAGAAAGGAAGGCAGACAAAUAGGGCAGGUUGCUAAGCAGCAAGUAGCUAGCAUAGAGACCAAUGAUCCUAUUUUAGGCUUUCAAGCAACAAAUGAGAGAUUAUUUGUCCUCACUACCAAAAACCUCUUUUUAAUAAAGGUAAAUACAGAGAAUUAAUUACUCCAACUUACUAGCUUCUCCAUACGAGAACUAUUCAGUGGAUGCUGAAAGCUGGGCAGUUAUUAUAACCAAUUAAGUUUUAAUAUGUUAAAAAUAUCUUGUAUGAAUUUAUUUUUUAAAGGGAAUUGGAAAUAUGUACAAGAGAUGAUUUUAUAAAAGCUAAGGAAUGAAACUGUACAUUGGCUUCUGUAAUAAGAAUAGCAUUAGCAUGUGUAAUUUUUAAAGACAGACUAGACUCCCAUCUUUUAUAUGGAACAUACAAUUCAAUAUUUAAAAAUAAAAUUAUUUCUCGUGUACUCUGUUCAUUGAUACAUGCUAUACCUAUAGACUAUAUAGGAUGUUGGUCUUAUAACUACUGGUUGAGUCUUGUAAAUAUUUAAAUGUACCAUAUAGCUGAGGAAGAGGGGAAAUAUAACAGAUUUACAGCUGGUCUAGUGGUGUUGAAGUUCACUGAGAAACCUAUGGUUUUUCUAAUUAAGUACAUAGCUUUCUUCAACUUUUAUUCAUUGGCUGCCCUGAAGAUAUGAUGGCUGCCCUGAAGAUAGACAUGAUGAAGUUCUACAAAAUAUAGCUUUUACCCAUUGCUGCAGUACAGACCACCCGAAUAAUUGGUUUGAAACAAGGAUGUCUUGGUUAUUCAUGAUUCAGUGAGCCUGAUUGUUUCUGUUCUACAUGACCUUUCAUUCUCCAGUAGGCUGAUUGGGCCUAUUUCCAUGACUAAGAAAACAUUCCAGAAGAGCAAGUCUAGUGUCCAAGAUCUUCUCAUGCCUGUGCUUUCAUCAGAUUUCCCCACCUUCCACUGAAUAAAGCAAGUCACACAGUCAAGUCUAGAGACUGAAGAGGGGAUUACAUAAAGAUACAGGUAGCAGGAAGUAUGAGUCCUUGGACAAUACUAUAGAAAUAGUAUGUGAGGCAGACUUAAGAAAAAGUUACUGCUUACAUAGUUAGUAUUUUUUGCCCAGAACUUUUGUUUAUUAUGUCCUACUAUUUCUUUUGGCAUGCAUUUACCUGGAAAAUGUUCACUUUAUUUUCACUUUAUUUUCUUAUAUUAAACUCAAGUAGAAUUUUAUACUUUAAUUGGAGAGUUGAAACCUUACUGGAUCCAUUAAUUUUCUGUCUCUUGUAAGAGACAGAAAAUUUGUCCUCACAUCUCUUGCUUAUGUGAACAAGUGUUUGAGUUAAAUUUUAGCAAAAGUAGGAGAAAAACCUGUGAUUCUAUUUUGUGACUGAAAAGGAAGGAAGAUGUAGGAAUUAUGUUCUAAAGAUUAUGGCAGAAUCCACUGGGAUGCUAGCUAAAAAGCUGGGCUAUGUCCUGCAAACUGGUAGUGAUAGUUGAAGUCCUUGGACUCUGUUGAUAUUAGGAAAGAGACUAGGUAACCAGCACCAUGAGAUUACUAUAACAGAAGAAAAAGUUCUGGUUGAAAUGGAAAAGAAAAAAAAAAAAAACCUGGUGAUAUUUUCUGAGCUUCUGAAUGUCAAGUUGUAAAACUUAAUGAGACAAAAGAACAUUUAGACAGUAAGCUGCUAAAAGUCUUGGGGGGAAAUGUAAAUCUCCCACAAUAACAAUCAUAAAUACCUUUUUAGGAACUAUUAAAAAAAUUUAUGUGGUGCCUAAUUAAUAGGAAAGUAUAUACAAAUUUCCAUAUAGCAAUCACAUGUCUUUCCUUUGUACAUCUGAUUUUUAACAUGAUAAUAUGAUUAAUGUUGAAUCGAAAACUAUCAGGAUAAUUAACCUAAGGAUUCAUAUUGACCUAUAUUAAGUAUUAAAUUCAGAGCAGUGAUUAAGCUUUUUCGAAAUUUUUCCAUCAUUUCAUAAACAUUUAACUCAGCUUAAAACUAUGUUCUAAACU